GGGAAGCUGGACAAAACGAGUUUUCCGUCGUUCUCACUGAUUUGUACUUCACGCGUUUUUCGGGCUGCGACACAUACGAUCCUUCUUGGCGACAGAUACGAAAAUCAAAAAACCACGACAAAACAGCACUCAACCGCCAACUGGGAGGAGGAAAAUCCGAAAAAAGAUGUUAUACUCCGAUUAUUCGUCUUUUGAUGACGUGAUAGCUGAUGUUUGGAAUCGUUCAUCGACUCCAUCGUUCAACAGGAAGUGAUAAGCAGAUUUUGUACCUUGAAACGGCAUAAAUCGCUGCUGGAUUGCAAUUGCAACUCAACCUUGGUACUUUCCGAUUCAUUAUCCAGGUAACAGUGGAUGGCAAUACUUUAAUAUGAACCAAGUGUACAAUAUUCAUAUUAUGAAUCAACCCGAUUACGAAUGGCUCGCGCUGACACCGCCGCUGCCACAUAAGGACCCUCUCGUGUAAGCCCCGAAUUGGAAUGACAGUUGCAUCACAUAAAGCAGAAGUCCACGAUGUUAAUGGAAUCCCACAAGCUCCUAAUGAAAUAUCCAAAAAAUGCGUCAAUCACUCCUGCUAUGUAUACUCCAGAGUCGGAUAUAUCAACAACUUCGACAGGUCUCACGCCAGAACAGGAUCCAUCACUGCUUCCUCAGAAGGAGCAAGAGUUAGACGCAGGAACCAAGCGAGCAUAUUCCUUAUCCGAACGAUAAAUCAUUGUUUCCAACGUUCGGUGUUCCCGUGUCAUCAGAUGGAAAUGACGUUGCUGAAGUUGUCGAUGUAUGGCUUCCAGCUGUUGGAACUCGUUCGGAGUACGAUGUUGAUGAGAUCUGAAAACGUUGUGAAGCACCAGAGCAUAUGAAUAAAAGCGCCUUGUACUGCUUUUUCAGAAAGAGAGUUGACAGCUAUUUGAAAACAUGAAAUGAAAAUAAAAAUUACAGAUCGAAAAAGAGGGAGGGCAUUAAUCGGGUGAAGCAAGUGUUCAUCGAGCGCAAUAUUCAUGUGAGAACAAUGCAGAGGCAACGAAAAGUGACAUGCUACUCCCCUGUUAUGGAAGAAUGCUCUUGAAGUUCGUCAACCGAAGAUAACUGGUCAAGAAGAAAAGCUAAAAGGAAAUAACUCGAUCUUUCUUAUCGCAAUUUCUCACUGAUCACACGUACGGAUUAGGUCUUUUUACAAUCUUUUAAAUUUUUUAUUGAGUAUUUUUAUAUUAAUA